GAUCUGCUUUUAUUUGUGUUACAUCGAUUCAGCGUUCGCGCACGCGGCCUCCUUUGUUGCCGCAAGUGUUGCGGUGUGUUCCGUAGCCGCCGUGAUUGUCCUCAGGUUUGCGGAAUUAUUCGACGUCGGUAAGCGAAAGCAAGGGUCCACCAGGAACAAUCACUAAUCAGUGUCAUUACACCAAUGGAAGGAAUUAGAAUAUUGGUGCUGUGGGCACUGAUUUUGCCCGCUGCUGUUUGCCUCAGCAAAGAACCAUGUCUAGAACGAAGGCCAUACCUUGCUGAGCAUCAAGAUGCAUGGAAGCUGCUGAAUGUACCAGGGAGAUAUCACCUGUUCAUGAGAUCCUACGAAAAGGAGCCAUUCUACAAAAACAAGAAGUGUGUUUUCAACGAGCUCGUCUCUGUAAACGCAGAAGAGCAGUACACCGUGAAUCUUAUCGGGGCCACAGAUCCCACCGACGGGUCGCGGAGCAACCAAACGGCUUAUGCCUGGGUACGAGCAUCGAAAGGCUACCCUGUUCCAAACGUGAUCCAGUCAUCACUCACGCUUGACAGGAAGAAAAUCGUAGAGUUCCCAGUUGCAUUCACCGAGUACGACAACUGUGAAAUCCUGAGAGUGCCACAUAGAAAAAAUGGAUGUGAACUGUGGGUGAAACAAGGUCAAGAGAAUAAGAUUGAGCCCCUUUGCUUCUUUGUAUUUCGUUUGCUGUGUGGGCCGUCAAAGUACGUUGUAUACGACCCCGACUAUUGUAAUGGGAAAUAAAUGUCCUUGCUUACAAAUA